GUCUCACGCGAGUUGCCUGCACCGACCGCACGACGAAGCAGAGGGCAACGAUUGAAAACAGUUGAAGAGAAAAACGGUUGAACUGCAUCAAGUGAACGCGUGAAUUGUGAUCCAGUGCAUCGUGCACGACUCUAAAAUGUUUAAUACAAAGCAGGAGGUCGACCGGCACGUGGAGAAAUGCAUGCGCAACCUGAACAGCGAAGUCGAGCGCAAUGUGCGAGGUCUUGCUUUUGCGAAAAUGUACUACAAAGUCGGCGACUACGAACAGGCCCUUCGUUACGUCACCGUUUACCUCAACUCACGGCCAUCAUCAGCUGAAGGACAAAAUUUACAAGGAAAGAUUCUUGAGAGAAUUGGAAAAACCAGUCAGGCUUUGGAGGCUUACAGACUGAGUUUAGAUUUGGACUGCAAACAGAAUAGUCUUGUCCUAAAAAUUUGUGAACUGAUGGCAAAAGAACAGCAUCAUUUUGACGCUGCAAGUGCGCGUUAUUACUGCGAGAAGGCACGCUCCAUCGACCCACAGAAUCCAGUAAUUUUCCACCUGAAGGAGCGUCUUGUUGCCGCUGCUAGUAAGGACCCCAACGACGUAACCGAACUUCUCCUUAAAGAACUAGAAUCGCGUCCUCUGGACGUUGAUGUUCGAGUGCGCCUUCUCCGCCAUCUUAAACAGCACAAUCGUGCGCGUGAAGCCUACACGCAUGCGUACGACAUCGAACAGAAGCAAGUGGACGCCUACCUCAACCAUCUGAAAUGGUGUGAAACUGUAGUUGACGUGCUCGGCGUCUACCGAAACACCCAGAAUGUGCUCACAUGGGAGUUCUGGAUGCUGUAUGUUUGUGUAUGGGAUCGCUACGUGGCGCUGAGCUUGAACGAUCGCACCCGGGACUUGGAACAUGCACCGUUGGUUCUGGGUCUUGAUCAAGCUAUACAACUCGCUGCGGAUAAACUAGGUGCGUGUCCACAGAAGCAACUUGUGCAAGAGUUCAUAAAACAUUACACAGGCCAGUUAUGUUGGCAUCUCCUAACUUUAUUAUACAAACAAGCUCGCAAAGCGUUGAUUAAGUAUCGGGAGGCGGGGCAAAUGGGCUUGCCUUUAUUGUUUGCGUCGUACAAUUUCAAGCCGGCGGAUAAACGCGCACUGUGGUUGGAUCAAGCUACACAGGGGGCAAGGCUACAAGUACAAAGAUGGCACCGAGAGGGGGCGUACCGAUGUGCGCAAGCUGGUCACAUGCUGACGAGCUUAGCACAAGAUAGAAAAACAACAAUUCUUGAACGCGGCACGCAGGCUGUAACUGGAGCAUGGCGAGAGAAGACAUUCAAGUUUUUGUUCAUCACACGCGAUCAGCAGAAGAAAGCGUCAACGUCGUUCUUUAUACUUACGCAGAAUUUGUUAGAUAUUCAGGUUAGACUACCCGAGCCUGAUGAUUUGGUUGCAUAUACUAAAACAGCGCAACUUGUUCAUCCUGAUUCGUUACACCAUCAUAUCUGGCUAGGUAUGAAUUCAAAAUUACAAAAUUUUGAAGUUACUGUGUUCCCCGGUCUGCAAUACACUGUCAAAACUUUUACGAACUGCGCUGCGGAGACGUUGAAUGUAUUGGAUAUUCAAGCUUUUAUUUAUGCGGCCACUCUUUGCGGACAGGCUCAACAAGAAGAGCAAAAACAUACGAUUUAUUACAAUGCUGAUAGACCCCAGGUAUUACCUAUUGCUUGCACGGAUUUACUCGGCACUGUUAAUCAAGAGACUUGGUUGCAUUGUGCGUAUAAAAUGUUUACGAACCAUCCAACCCGAGACUUGAGUGAGGUGAGGAUGACGUUGAUUCGCGGAAUUGAAACGGUUCGAUGUGUUGGCAAUCACGGUUUAGAUGCAAAGCUGUUAGUACAACUUGCGAGGACUUUUGCUGAUCGCGCUACGAAAGUUACUAAACAGUCUGAAAUUGAGGCGAAUGAAGCACGCGCUGAGUUGUAUUGGCGUGCUGCUUUAUACUUACUUGAGAAACACAAGAAGAACGAGCAUGUUUCACACACCAAUAAGCGCUUAUUUGAAUACAAGGUAAAGGAGUUAAAUCAGGAUCAAAUACAUCAGGCGAUCAAUGACGGCAAACUUUUCAUGGGUAAACAAGCGAUGAAAAAGAAAGACUAUGAAACCGCCAUGAGUGCUUUCAAAAAUGUUAAAGAUCCAUACGCGUCGUUUUAUCAAGCUCAGAUUUAUAAGAAGAUGGCCGACUUGGAAACGAAUCUGAAGUCGGAAAAUGUUACAUCAGAGAUGCGGUCGCAGAACAUCAUUUUGUUAACGAAGGCGAGGGAUUGUUUCUAUUUGACAUCUGAUAGAUUGAGAAUGCCGGGUGUCGAUCCGAAACAUCCUCUAUUCGAGGUGUUGUUUACUGAUAUUGAAAAGAUUGAUAGGCUUUUAUCGCGAAUCGAUCCAGAUAACAAUCGUAAUGAGUGUGACGGCAUGUCCGAUGAUAAUGUGUCAUCAAUUGAAAGUGAUUUUAAUUGCACCAUGAGUCGACUGGAGACCAGCCAUCACGGAGUACAUUCAACACCGUUCCGCAUGGAUCAUUCCCGUCGAGAUAAUAGAGAUCGAGAAGCGAGACCGUCUCCCGAACGGCUAGACGCUCAGAUAAGACAACUCGCCGCGUCCAAAGAUGUGGCGUUGAAUAAGGUUUUGGAACAGAAUAAAUUUGUGAUUGAAACUCAGAAGGUUUUAGCUGAGGAGUUGAAAUUCUUCCGCGAGUCUGUAUCGGAUUUGACAUCGACUAUUAACGAACUAAAAUCAUUGAAAAUUGUCGUCGAAGAUGUCAAGGAGAUCAAGAAAACUGUGGACGAGUUGGAGAAUCUACGAACUGUAAGUGAUAUGGUUUAUGAGCUGCGAAAGGAAGUGGCGGAACUGAAGAAAGAUAAUGCUGCUGCGGGGACAAGUAAGUCCAAACAGAAUCAACUGAGCGAUGAGGAUUUGUAUGUUUUUGAUGACGAUUAUGCCACCGAGAUGGCCAACGCGCAUGCCAGUUUGUCUACGUCUUUAUAUCAGAAUGCUAGCAGGAUGAACCAAAUGAAUCAAAGUGCCUCGAUGCAAAACUUGGGAUAUCCUGCUAGCCCGAUGUAUGGAUAUCCAAUGUAUCCUCCGUAUGGUGGUAUGCCAGGUAUGGCGAUGCCGCAAGUUCCUGGCGUGCCUGGUGUACCAGGCGUUGGUUACCCACAGGCACAUCAAGAUGCAGCAGCACAUUUAGCGGCGGAUUACCGAGCGAUGAAUCUUUUGCAAGGUUACUCGCAACUUGCUUCCGGAAUGCAGGCGCCUGCACUUGCUCAGCAACUUACAGCAUCUCCAGGGUAUAUGGCGCAGCAGUAUCCGCAGGUUAGUCUGUUUGGAGGUACCGCGGCGCAGAACACAAGUACAGUGACCUCGCAACCAUUAUCUUUUGGCACUGCUGCAACUCAAGGACAAUUAACUAAUGUUGCUGGCAGUGUUACAAUUACUACUACUUCUAGUGGUUUAAGUACGACCACUUCGGCGAGUGCUAGCGCGCGUCCAGCUCCUGUGAACGUGGUGAUUACUUCAUCGGAUCCAUUGCCUAAAACGGUGACCACCCAACAACAAGUUUUAUCGGUUACCAUCCCACCCGAACACCUCAAAGGCAAUAAAGUUCACAACUAUCAAAUUACAUUGCCCAGCAGCGUAUCAUCAUUGGCAAACGCCCCAUCAGUGCUCAGUCAAGCCCCAAUGGUGGUAUCUACCCAGGCCUUGCUUUCCAAUGUCUCGGCACCCGUUUAUUCAGCGCUUAGUGAGUCGCCGACCAAGACUACUAGCAGCAGCACUGCUUUGGGAUUGCAAAUCGAGAAAUCUUUAAACAAUAGUUUCAACCGUACAGCGAAUGAAUCGGAAGGAGAUGUUUCACGCGAUGAUGAGCAUGAUCCUUGCCCUGAUUUCAAACCAAUUAUUCCGCUUCCCGAUGAGGUCCCGGUUACCACAGGAGAGGAGAACGAAAAGGUGUUGUUUAAAGAACGCGCCAAGCUUUUCCGCUAUGUUGCUAAGGAGUGGAAGGAACGAGGUGUUGGUGAGUUGAAAAUUCUGCAACACAAUGACACUAAGAAGGUGAGAUUGCUGAUGCGCCGAGAUCAAGUUCACAAGAUUUGCGCCAAUCAUUACUUAGAGCCUGACAUGGAGCUCUCGCCAAUGAAUAACAACCCGAAGGCUUAUAUUUGGCCAGCAAAUGAUUUCUCUGAUGGCAAUGUUGUGUUGGAGACGUUCUGUGUGCAGUUUAAGACUCCGGAGUUGGCGAAAAAGUUUUAUGAUUGCUUUGAGAAGUCAAAGAUUAUGAAAGAAUCUCCUGCGGCAACUUCAGUGACAACAAUAGGAAAUUCCUCGACGCCCAAAGCGACUACAAGCAAUACUUCUAUGUUUAGUUCAACCCCAUCUACAACAACAACUUCAAAUGUUGGUGGCUUUAAAUUUACAUCAACGCCCACAUUCAAACCCAAAGAAGAUGAGACACCGAAAGCGAUGACUGCAAAACCUGCGGAACCCCCGAAAAGUGCUGCAAGUCCAUUUGCUGGAUUUUCUUUCACACCAACGGCUAAUACUGGCACUACCCCAGUGAGUAAACCAUUCUCGGCGUUUUCAUUCAGUGCCUCCACCACUGCAUCUACCGACAAACCAACUGCAACCAACUUAUUUGCUUCACUGAGUUCACCUUCGACAUUUACUGUAAACAAAACCAGUGUUGCGACACCAACAACUUCAGUUUCUACUCCUGUGAAACCAAUCGAAGCAAGCGCGUUAACUCCGUUAGGAAAACUAUCUACUCCAUCGGAAGUGCAGUCUCCUUCGAAGGACGAGACCGCAGAUGAUUUUGUUCCCACUGCUGAAUUUACACCAGUUAUACCCUUGCCUGAUAUAGUCGAAAUAAAAACUGGCGAAGAAGAUGCGGAAAUUCUAUUUGAAAACAAAGCCAAAUUGCUUCGAUUUGACAGCACCACCAAGGAAUGGAAAGAACGAGGUGUUGGUCAGAUGAAGGUUCUCAAAGGAAAUAAUAUCUUGCGAUUGGUAAUGCGUCGGGAACAAGUGCACAAGGUGUGCUGCAAUCAUCAAGUGUUGAAGCAAAUGCAGUUUAGCAGAAUGGUGAAAUCGCAGUGCGCCAUUACAUGGUGUGCAAAGGACUUCUCUGAAGGUGUUUUGACUACUGAAAUGUUAGCAAUUCGUUUCAAGACGACAGAGAUUGCUACCACGUUCCUGCAGGUAAUUCAGGAUGCACAGAGUGAAAUGGAUGAAGCUAAUUACAUUGGAGGUGCAGGAGUUGACAAAGCCGACUCUCCGCACAAGAAACAUGAUAGUAAAUCUUUGAUAACGACAUUGAAGGAAGGCUUUGGCGAUGCUUUCAAACCAAAAGUUGGUGAUUGGGAGUGUAAGAAUUGUUUGAUUGUGAAUUUAGCAAAAGUUUCGAGAUGCGUCGCUUGCGAAACUCCGAAGAAUGACGCAGUUGCCAAGGCGACUGUUGAUGAUAGCAAGUUUUGUUUUGGUGUGAAACCGCCAGUUAAUGCGAGCAGCGCGUCGUUUUCGUUUGGUACAAAUUCAGCUACAAGCACAACUGGCACAGGCGUGUCUGGAAGCUUUGGAGAUCAGUUUAAACCGAAACAAGGUUCCUGGGAAUGCAAGGAGUGUUAUACAAGAAAUGAUGAGGCUGCGGAGAAAUGUGUUUCAUGUGAAGUGCCAAAAUCCGGCGCCACUGCUGCGGUUGCACCUUCAAGUACAACAUGCACCUUGAAAGGUGUCGACUUAUCCACUGGUGGUUUAUCAUUCAGUUUUGGUUUCCCACCGCCUGCAAGUAACACCCCUCAAUCUGGCCAGAUAAGUCAAAGUGAUGCUGAUUCAAGUGCAUCUGCUGUUUCAUCAACUACCAGUAUUCCAAGUGUAGGCUUUGGCAAUCAAUUCAAGCCUAAAGCCGAUUCAUGGGAGUGCAAAGAAUGCUAUACACGAAACGAUGGUGGUAUUUUGUAUUGUCUUUCGUGCGAAGGUCCAAAAGAUUCUACUGUUCCUCCGAAAUCUGCAUCGUCAAACACGUCCACACUCAAAGGUGUUGAUCUGAGUACUGGUGGUCAGCAGUUUAGUUUUGGAAUUCCCGUUCAAACUACAUCUGCUAAUGACAUCAACAAACCGUUUUCUUUUGCUGCGGCUGGAGAGACUGCUAAAGCUGGAUUUUCAUUUUCGCUGAGCGGAACUCCAAAGGCUGAAAAUAAGGAGGGGGAUGUUGAAGAAGUGUUUGGAUCUCCGCAUAAAAUUGGUUUCGAGUUUACUCCACGUUCUCCAAGAAGGCAAAGCGGUGGGCAACAGUUGGACGAAGAUGGCGGCGAUGAUUCCUAUUAUGAGGAGGAAGAAGCUAAUGUGUAUUUUAAACCAGUAAUUCCAUUGCCGGAUAAGGUCACUGUGACAACUGGUGAGGAAGAUGAAGAUGUCUUGUAUUGCCAUCGUGCCAAGUUGUACCGCCAUGCGGGCGGCGAAUGGAAGGAGAGAGGCAUUGGGGAUCUCAAGAUUUUAUUCCAAAAAGAACAACAUAAGCUCAGGGUUUUAAUGCGGCGGGAACAAGUACACAAGAUUUGUCUAAACCACGUGCUCACACGUGAUAUCGUUUACAAUAAGAAGGACGACAAGACAUGGCUCUUUGCGGCGGCUGAUUUCUCGGAGGGCGAGAUCGAUCAUUGCAGUUUCUGUUUGCGCUUCAAGACUGCCGAGGUGGCGGAGGAGUUUAUGAAGGCGAUCAACGAUGCAUUGAAACGUACCGGCAGUGACGGCAAUGCUGAAACUGCGGGGAUUGAAGGAAGCGAUUCGGACGUUGAGUUUGUCAGUGAGACUCAGGUGAGCCCCGAAGAGCAGGCGGAAGCAAAACGCCUUCUUUUGCCUCCUAAGUUUAUGGCGUAUAGGCAACUGGAUGACUGCAAAUGCGAACAGUGUCUGAAAGACGAUGCAGUUGAGAAGGGAGCAAUCACACCUCAGAAGAACUUAUUUGGUGGUGGCGUUUCAGCUUCACAAAAGACCCUAUUCGGUAUACCCAAGUCUACCUUUUCAUUUGGAAGUUUUGCAUCGCCUGCAACGCAACCUGCCAGUGCACCUGCAAAGCAAGAUAGUGUCAAGGAUUUGCUGCUGAAGCCAUCGAUAUUGGGAACUACUGCUGCGACUGGUUUUAAUUUUGGAUCGCCUGUGGUCACAACAACUCCUCCAGUAGCAAAUCCAGCUGCAGCAGAAACAAAACCAUCACUUUUUGGAAAUUUUGCAGGUAAACCUACACCUACUGGAAGUAUUUUCGCCCAAGCAACUCUCCCCGGUACACCUUUUUCGGGUGAGAACAUUUUUGGAUUGGCAGCGAAUUCUUCUGUGAGCACUGCUAACAUUUUUGGAGGUGGAACUACCAAAACAGGCGCCGAGUCUACGUUUAGCUUUGCUAGCAUCGCCAAACAAGCCGAGGCUGAUUCGAAAGAGGUGCCCAAGAUUGGAGGUGCACCAACGUUUAGUUUCGCGUCUAUGGGAAAGCCCAAAGAAGGUCAGACAGCUACACCAACUUUUGGCUCUGAAGUAGCAGAGCCUGUCCUAGGCGCUGGGUCGAAUCUCAGUUUUGCAUCUUUUGCGGCUACCGCCGAAAAUAUGCCAUUUGGGAAGCCAAAAGUGGAGACCGAUAAUCCGUUCGCCAAACUUGGAGCUGGUGCACCAGUAUUUGGCGCCAAGCUAUCCAACACUUCAAAGACUGAUGACAAUGAUGAGGAGGGAGGUGCGGGAGACGGUGAUCACGAUCCGCACUACGAUCCUAUUGUACCUCUUCCCGACGAGGUUGAGGUCAAGACUGGUGAAGAAGACGAGGAAGUGCUCUUCAGUGAGCGUGGAAAGCUGUAUCGCUUUGCUAAUAAAGAGUGGAAGGAGCGUGGUGUUGGCAAUAUCAAAGUUCUCUACCAUGCCCAAAAUAAUUCUUACAGACUGUUAUUAAGACGAGAAGCAGUUCAUAAAAUCGUUCUCAAUCAGCGCAUCACCCCAGAAUUAGAAGUUAUCGCAUUCACACUGUCAGCCAAUGCAUGGAUGUGGGGCGGUAUGAACUAUGGUGAAGAAGGGCACGUUCUGGAACAGCUCGCUGCUCGCUUUAAAAAUGAGGCUCUCUCACAGGCUUUUUACGCAGCCAUUCAAAAAGCAAUUGCAGCUGUGAGAGCGUCGAGCACGCCAUCAAAGCCUAACGUCAAUGAAAAUGUCUCUGACGUUGAUGAGGACGAUGAGGAUGAAGAUGAAGACGAUGAAGAUAAUGAGGAUAAGGAGGACGACUAUGACGAAGAGGACGAUGAUCGGACUGUGAUGUACAGCUGCGAAUGCGCUCUGUACCAACAAGUGGGUGCUAAUUGGAAACCACUUAUUCAGCACGGCCUCGCCGAAGUAGUCUACGAUCGAGAGAAGGAAAUCUCCAGUAUUAUUGUCAUUGAUGAUGUAGGGAUUAUCUUAUCUAACACACUUAUUGCUGCUAAUUCUAAUAUGGAACGGAAACCAGACGACAGUGGAUGCGAAUUGCAUUGGAAGGCUGUGGAACAUGCCAAUGACGUUUGUGAAUGGCGUACACUUAAACUAAAAUUCGACAGCGAAGAUGAAACUGAAAGCUUCUUCAUCUCAUACCAAGAGGCCAAGUCCUACGCGGAACAAUCGAAUAUAAUCGACGAAAUUCCUACUGAUGUGUAUUACUCGGGUUACGAGUAUGAAUCGUAAAUCGUUAUUAAAAGUUGAUUUAUUCCGAUUUAUAUUCCACGUUUUGGACUUGAUAUUAUAUUUAGUUACAUUAUUCUAAAGGUUUAAUAUUAUGUUCUUAAUAUAGUACUGCUUAAAUUAGUUUGUAGUGGCAACGAAUCUAAAACUACAUGAUGUAUUUUAUACAUAGAUUUUGUAUAUAUUCAUUACAAUUAAUUGAACAACAAUCUUGUUACACUCAAUAUUUUAUAUUACGUAAAAAUUACUGCGCAGACAAUGUUGCGGAUAAAUAAUUGUUUUUGUUCAACAACCAACGCUGUCUACGCAAUACAAUUACAGAAUACAAUACUUUUUUUUCAAGUUUCUAUAAGAUGAAAUGAGACGCUCUGUAUCUCCUAUAAAAAUAAAGCAGUUUUUAUGUUUCUCA